UCCUUUGCGAACGCAAUUAUAUGGAGGUCUCUGUUAAUCGAAUGCCAGAGGAGAUUACAGCUUUGCGUAGGCAAAAGCCUAAACUGGCCAGAGCAUUUUCAUCUAAUCAGUGGGCCGGCACGGUUUCUGAGGCCAUUACAUCCAAAUACAACAUCUGGAGGAUGGUGUUUUUCACGCCUGAACAAAAAGCCAUGGUUUUGGAGGAUGCCUUAAAGGCAGGACAUGGAAUAACAACUACCAGGUCUCGAUUGGCCAUCCGAACUGGUUAUGAUAUGCCAGAGACUUAUGUGGAGAAUGUAAGUGGAGUGCCGAUGAAGAUCAUCAAGGUGACCACCUACUUCAAGAAACAGUGGUCCGUAACCAUGUUGGAUACUGUUGCCGCAUGUCCAAUUGGUGGGCUUUCUUUCACUGAUGAAAUGAUCACCUGGUCUUUCCCCUGGAAAAAUCACUUAUUGGGUACAUCUGACAUCAUUAUCCAUGAGAUGUUAAUGGGAAUAGAUGGAAGGCUUAUUGACUCUGCGCACAUGGCUGCUAGAGGCUUCAUCUUAACGAGGAAUGAUGAUUUCAUUGUAAUGAAAUUGCCUAUCGGUGGACCAGAUGGCUACACCAAGAGCGGUGUUGUGGAAAACCUGUACCACACCAGAUAUGUCAUCGAGCCAAUGUUGGAGUUGCUGUGGAGUGAGGGAGGCAUGGAUUCAACUAGAUACAGGGUACUCUUCCCUGUCAAGACCCCUCUUAUGCCUAGACCACUCCAGCUUGUUGACCUCACUGUGGUGGAACAAAGGAUAUUUGAUGUGGUCUUGGGUCCAUUUCUUCAUGAUGUUGAGUUGGUAAACAUCACCUUUUCCGGGGUUGUCCUCACUGUGAUGGAGGCCAAUGCAAGGGGCUUCAACAUACAGGAUCAAGUCUUCCAAAAUGGCUCCAAAUCAUUUCGACUUAAUGUCCCUUUCACUGAUACAUUGGUUGUGAGAACUCAAACUGAUCUGCUGGCUACGACGUAUACUCUUCCAAUCAUCUACGGUUUUAUGAUUGUUCCUGAAUACGUUGCAUUCUCCUAUGUCACAUCUGUUCAAGUAACCUUUCAAGAUAUCGUUCUCCCAACUGUGACUGGAUCCUGUGAUAAAGAGCAGUUCUACAUCACCAUAUCUAAUGGAAAUCUUGGCGUUGACUACAACAUCAUGCUGGGUACACGUGAUCUCAAUCAAGAACUGAGAGCAGAGUAUGGCAUUAGAGACAAUGGCACUCACUUGACCUUGGCGGUGCCUUUCCUGUCUCUUGAUGUUGCAUUUGAGUUGAUGUACUCUACAUCCUUGAGGGCACGGGUUGAUGUGUUGGUAUGGGAGCCUGUCAGUAAAAGGAGCUUAAGUGACUUUUCCCUGGCUUGCAAUUUUCCAAUGACUAUGACCGAGUGUUUCAGCAAUGGCUCGAUAUCAGCCCUUGCAGUGAAGGUAGAAUCAGUACCUCAGCUUGUCCCCAAGAACCUCAGACUACAGGAUCCCUCAUGCAGGCCUAAAUUCAGCAAUGACCGAUUUGCCUACUUCUCUUUUGACGCAAACAGUUGUGGAACCACUAGAACGUUUUAUGAUGGAGUCAUGAUGUAUCAGAAUGAAAUCACUUCGGGUGACGGACUACAGGUUUUCCAACAAGCAAACAAAGAACUAGCUAGUCCUUCUCCAGAUUAUCGAGUGACUGUGUCCUGCUUUUACACGCUAAAUGAAACCCAGAUGAUUUCGUUUACCUCACAACCGCUGGUUAGGGCCCCUAUGGUGGAGACUGGUUAUGGGGAGCUACAUGUUGUGAUGAGGCUUGCUCUGGAUGGUUCUUAUAGUAACUUCUAUGCAGAGGAGGAUUACCCGGUCACACGUUACCUAAGAAGUCCUCUAUUCUUUGAGGUGAUGCUGCUUCAGUCCACUGAUCCUCGGAUAGAGCUUGUCUUGGAGAACUGUUGGGCUACUGUGAAUGAAGGCCGUGAAUCCACUCCAAGAUGGGAUCUGAUUGUAGAUGGCUGUGUGAAUCUGGGUGACACUCGGAGGACCCAUUUCCACUCUGUGACUCCUGAAAUGGCUCAGUACCCAACUCAUGUGAAGCACUUUGAAAUCAAGAUGUUCACUUUUAUGAAGGACAGCGUCGUCUCCCAAGAUCAGAUUUUUGUGCACUGUGAUGCUGUGCUCUGCGCUGUCAAUCAGGCUGAUGGAAUCUGCCAGAGACAGUGCCCUUCUCCCAAUCCUUUAAACUCCAGAAACAAAGUUCGCAGAGAUGUGGCUAAUGACCGGUUCCAAAGAACAUUGCUGUCAUCAGGAAAAAUCCACCUCUCGAGCUCUUAGUUUUCGGUUCAUCUUAAUAAAGUGUUCAAGUCUUAAA